UUACUAUUUCUCUCUUAUAUAAAACCCAUAACUUCGACAGAAAAUAAGGUGCAUCUUUUGAUGAGAACGCCAAUGUUAAAAUGUGAUUUUCAUUCCUAAUCUUGACUCCAUGCAACAAGGAAGGUUCUUCGUCUCCCGGACCUGAUAUGUACAUAGACUCAGAAGAUGAUGAAUCUGAGAGUGAGGAUGAUGAUUUGUCCUAUGAUGAUUAUUAUGAUGAUGAGCAAGAUGAAUCAAUAGAGGGGUCAGAUGUAGAUGCUAGUGAUGAACUUGUUAGUGAAACCAACAGCGAGACCGGAGACUCUGCAGUCAAUGAUGAAUAUGAUAAGGACCAUAAUAUUUCAUAUUCAUGUUCAAAGUCCUCAGAGGUUUGUGACCAUCUUGAAGUCUCAUUGCCUCAGUCUGAAGAUAUCAAAAGCUGUGAAAAUUUCACAAGCCAAAAUAAGACUGCUUCUGCAAAUGACUCCACUAAGCCCACAGAUAUAAUUGAAGGCUUAUCCCCUGACCAAACUACAAUGAAUAGAUCAAAUUGUCCUAGCACUUCUUCAUGUAACGACGCCAUAUCCAAUAGAAAAAUGCAUCGACGCCGCACUGUUUUGGGGCAAAACCAUGGAAGCAAGGACCUUUCCAUGGAAUCCAUUGAUUUUCUAGACGAAAAUGAAGCUGAAGUUGAGAGGCUUGAAGCUGUUAAGACAGAAUUGCAUAGGCAAAUUGCAGAGGAGGUAAAAAUAAAUGUAAAACUGCAGUCUUAUGUGGAAACACGAAAGGAAGCAUUGUACGAGCGUCGUGUGGUUCUUGAGCGAAAUGUGGAUAAAUUACAGGAACAAUUGCUAAUGGAGAAGAGCUUGAGGGCAACUCUUGAAGCAGGACUUGAGUUUCCUCCAGGGACUUCAUCUGAGUUAUCUGGUAUUGAUGAAAAGACCAAGACAAAUGUUGAGGAAAUAGUGCUGAUAGAAGCAGAUCUUGCCGACUUAGAACGGAAGGUUAACGAGCUUGGUUUACGGCUUAAUGCACAACUUGAAUGGAAUUCUAGUUCCAUAUCUCAACAGAUAUCAAGCCAUGAAAGAAAUUUGAAGAACAAGCCAGAUACUGAAGUUGCAGCCAUUUCAGAAUCUGACAGGUCAAUAAAAAAGGACAGUCAUUUUGGUGGAGCAGGAAACGAGAAUGAGAGAAAACCAGAGUCAACAUCUUUACCAAAUAAACAUUCGCCUAGUUCCAAGAAAUCUGUUGCAAGAGCUGAGCAGGGAGCAAGUUUCACUACUUCUACAAUUACAAGACUAACGUCCAAACUAUACUUUUUGAAGGAUCGCCGUAGUCAGUUUUCAAAUGAAAUACGAAACAUGAAUAAAGGAAAAGCACUUGAACUUCAGCUACCACCUCCAUCUCCCAACGAACGUCAAUCGCCAAAUAAGUCUCUACUUCGAUCCCCAAAUAUGUCUCGAGAAAACGAACGUCAAUCGCCAGUUCCAUCCCCCAAUAAGUCUCGAGGGUUUGAAUUUUACAUGUCUCUUAUGUCUCCAAAAAGGACCCGAGGAUCUGAAAAUCAUUCUCCAUCAACCUCUGAGAAAGUUAGAGGCAAUGAAGAUCAUUCACCUCAAUAUUCAGAAAAACUGAGAAAAUCAGAUAGCCAGCCAUAUCACUCAGAUAGUCAGAAUGAAUCUUCACAAUUAUACUUGAAAAGAGGAAGGUCGGAAGGGAAUAUUCAUAAUGUCGACAAAAGUCAAUUACAUUAAGGCCAAAUAUUUUGUUACACGGCAAAUUCAAGAUGAUAGAAAGACACUGCAAUUAUUCAGCAAUGUUUUUGUCCAGGUGGGGCAUUGCUAUGCCUUUGGCUUAUGAAAUACAAGGCCUAUAUUCGAAGAAGUAGCAUUCUAUGUACUCUAAAAUAUAGGAUGUAUAGGGAACAGUUCAACCAUCCCCAUGACAUAAGCCAGACUGUUUGAUUACAUAACAUGCUGAUAUUUUCUGGCUCCUUAAUGAGCAUGAUGGUUUUAUUGUUUCAUUCAACUGCAUUAAUAUGACUUGUAUUGUAUAGCCUAAGCUGGAAUUUUCCGAUAGACCUUAGUUCAAUUUCCUUUGCUCUGAAACCAUAGAGCACAAAUUUCAGAUUGCUUGAAUGGCAUGGUGUGUUCAUGUUAUCAGUUCGGGGAAUACCGUGGGAAUAUCAUUCUUUUUGACAAGUUAAUAUCUUUCUAUCAA